AUGUUGGGUAUCAUAAUAGUUUAUACAAUCGCGUUGUUCCACCACUUAUCUGAUGGCAUGAGACUGUCGCCGGUCGUCAUUUCAUGUCAGAAUUCAAUGGUGAUCGAUCAACUGAGACUAAUUGCAAUGAACGGUGCAUUGGAAGAAGUAAAAGUGACGUGUCAAUUCAAGAAAAAUUUAGCAGCAAAGUUGAAAGCAUCAUGCUCAGGUCAAAAUAUGUGUAAGGUGUAUACACUUGUCACUGAAAAAUUUUGGUCCAACGAUUACAAGGAUAAAAGUUGCUCAGGUGUUUCGAAUUGGAAGGUAGAUUUUGAUUGCAUUUCAGAUGUAAAAUCAACCCAUAAUCUCAAGUCUCGUCUUGACAAAAAUCGUCCACAACAUUUUUAUCUCAAACGUAAUCGAAGUGAGGGCAUAGUACCACCAAAUGAAGCCAGUGUUUUAUCCGGAGAUCAAAUUAAAUUUAACACGGUCAACAUCUCAAAUGCUGGUGAAGUCGAUAAAAAAAUUUUUCGCCGUAAUUUAACCGACCAUGAAAGAGAUAAUAAGGUAGAGAGGCAAAAGAGAGACGAAGAUGACGACGAAGUCUUUAAGAAUCUCUUUCAACUUUAUUUCACAAACUCCUUUCGAUACAUUAAUUAUUUGAAACGCUACGAAGUUAAAAGAUUAUUUGCAGGUUUGAACGAACACCACGAAAAAGCAGCGUGGUCCAAAGUUUUCUGUCCAACCUCGGACUCUCAGGUCACCAACGACAACAGAACUAUGGCACUCUUGAAUGCUACGUUAAGUGAACUUUUGCAACUGUACAAGCAAAAGGAACAGGUCCAGGUAAACAUGAACAAGAUGAUGUUGCUGAAAAGCUUGAACGAAAUAGAAUGUGUGCAGAAUAGCGUACUGUCUGAUGAUCGGCAGUGUCUCGCCGACCCUUCAUUGGUCCACAAAAGAGUUUAG